AUGGAUGAUGUAGGACUUACUCUUCCUUCUGCUCUUAAUUAUAAAAUUUUAGAUAACAAAACUGCUUAUUACUCCGAUGAUAAAUGUAAUACAUUAGUUGAUGUUUUAAGUGAAUACAAUGGUGUUUUUGACUUUUGUGAGAAAUUUAUAGGAAUCAUCGAGAAUUUUAAUAAACUGACAAUUUUUGGUCAAUUCGAAGAUGAUUCUUGCAUAACUGUAAAGUUCUGGGUAUACGAUCGUUUAUUUAAAUUACCUAUUAACAACACAAAUGUUAAUGAUAUCAAUAAGGUUAUACUUAAGCUAAAGGAAAACAUUGAUUUGGAUACAAUUAAAGAAUGUAAUAUAUUUAAUUUUACAUAUUCGAAGGAAGAUUUUUAUAUUAUGAAAAGUUUGUAUGAUUAUGCUACAAAUUAUAAUACAAUCAAGAAAUACCUUUAUGGUAAAAAUUAUAUAUGUAAGCAGAAUUUGAAAAAUUAUAUUGAUAAAAAUUAUGAAAUAUAUAUCAAUGUAAAAGAUAAGUGUAAUAGUAAUGAUACAAGAAAUGAUGAAUAUUGUACAGUAUAUGAUUAUAUUAAAAAGGUGUUUAUAAAUGAAAAUUCUUCUUUAUCGUGUAAAGUAAAACACUCAGAAGAUGACGUUAGUGAAAAAGAACAUGUAACACGAAGAGAUGAAGGAUUAUCCCCAACAUUAAGUAACUUAGGUAAACGUGAUGAAAAGAUAUCUGGAAUUAAUGCCAUAACAGAACAUGAGAAGAAUUCUGUUCCAUUUGCUAAAAUUAUUGUUGGAGUUGUUUUUCCACUUUUGGGAUUUUUUUUCAUCUUGUAUAAAUUUACUCCAUUUAAAUCAUGGUUAAAAACUAAUUUAUUGAAGAAAAAAAUAAUUAAGGAUUACGAAGAUGAAGAAUAUACACAAGAACCUUUGAAUGAAUAUUAUAGUACACGCAGACGUCAUGUACACUACCAUCCUUUAUGA